AUGGACGCCCUGCUGCUGUCUGUCACCGCCGCUUCAGGGCCUGAGCAGCGACAGCGGUUCAAGAGGCGGCUGCACCAGGCGCUCCGCUGGUACGAAGCAGCCAAGCAGCUGGGCUGGGGCAUGCUCUGCCUGAUGCCGCACGACAUCAUCACCAACUCCGGAGCAUUAGACGACUGGCUUGGCUUGGAGGGCAUCUCUAGUGGCUCUAUUAGUGGGAAGGCAACACUGUCUAUUAAGGCAAACUUGCUGGCACCUGUGACGCAAGUGGAGGAGAUUAAAGACAGCGAGGUGGAGGACAGCAAAGGCGGCAGGGACAAGGAUGACGUUGAGCCUGCGCCUGCCUAG